AUGUCGCUGGGACGGAUCUCAGAGUUCAACGAGGGCAUGAGUUGGUCCACGUGGAUAAAACGUCUAACGUUCUACUGUGAGGCCAAUCUCAUCGCAACGCCAGAGAAGAAGCGAGCUGUGCUGCUUACAAUGUGCGGGGAGUCGACGUACGAAACUUUGAAAGCUCUUGUUGCGCCACAACUUCCAUCUGAAGUGAGCUACUCAGAUAUCGUCAGGUGUCUCGCCGAACACUUCGAUCCAAAGCCGUCGGAACUUCUCAGCCGAUUCAAAUUCCAUCAGCGUAAUCAAGCGCCGACGGAAACGAUAGCAGACUAUGUUACAGCACUCAGGGCCAUCGCCAGAGACUGCGGUUUCAGUAUUAGCAGUACAGUUUUGACGCCGGCGACGGAUAGGGCAUCAGGGGAUAGCCCACCACAGCAACAGCCAACGACGGAGCAGCGGACACCGUCCACAGCGUUGCCUCUAGACGUCAUGAUGAGAGACCGCUUCAUUUGCGGUAUUCGGGAUAAGAACCUGCAGCAACGCCUUUUAGUGGAGCGUGACAUAACAUUCGAUCGGGCUUUCAAGAUUGCUCUCGCAACGGAGUCAGCAGUGAGUCAGCAGGGUCAGCUGCAGUCGGCACAAGAACGAGACCAGGUUAAUAUCGUUCGGAGAAAGCCCGCGGGACAUCGGAAGAAGACGACUAAAACACAAGGGUGUGGCUGCUGUUUGGGAGAUCACGAGGCAAAGGACUGUGGGUUCAAGAAUGCCAUAUGCAACAGGUGCAACAAAAAGGGCUACAUUCCGAGAGCUUGUAAGCAGCAACGUGGAGCGCCAGUGGCAGAAGACAGUCAUCACCUUGCUAGUGGGUCGGAUGAUGAGAGGAGCUCAUCCUCCAGUGAGCUUUACCAACUUAACCACGUCGGGGAUAAACUAGGUCGGCCAGACAUUCCCAAAUUCACAGUGACGCUCAAGGUAGAGGGAAAGCGCCUCAAUUUUGAAGUGGAUUCGGGAGCAGCGUGCUCGAUAAUCAGCGAACAGACUUAUCGGGAGACGUGGACACGCAAUCCUCCGGAGCUAAAGAAAAAGACCACUUGUCUACGAACAUGGUCAGGCGAAGGCCUAAGGGCAUUAGGCACGACUCAAGUACGUGUGCGGUUCAAGACGAAGGACUUCAUUUUGCCUCUGACUGUCAUGAGAGGAACUGAAUGUAAUCUUCUUGGACGAGAUUGGUUCAGGCCGCUGAACAUCAGAGUCAGCGGUAUUCAUCACGUUCAGGACUCAAGCCAGCUGCACACCCUGUUAAAGAAGUACGAAACUGUGUUUGUCGGAAACAUCGACGGUCACAAGGGUGCCCCGGUCUCACUGGAGUUGAAGGAGAACGCCGCACCUUGCUUCCUGAAGGCUCGACCUGCCCCUUCGCUCUUAGAAGUACAGUCGAAAAAGAAAUCGACCAGUUAG